AUGGAUCAAAUAAAUAUCUCUGUUGGAUCCUUUCCCUUUACUGGAGAAGGACAAAGUGAUGGAGAUGCAACACCAGACGUCAGUGAUGGUUUCUCUAAAUUCAUCUUAGCUCUCUACUGUCUUAUCUGCGUGGUUGGUAUCACUGGUAAUUUAUUGGUUGCCAUCGUACUCCUCCGUGUGCCGUCCCUGCGGUCUAAUACCAGUGAUUUCUUAGUGCAUCUCUCCAUUGUAGAUUUCACGAUCUGUGUUCUGGUCAUCCCAUAUUACCUAGCACCUAAACCUAACCCUUCUACGAAUAGUGGCUUCUUUGGUGUGGUGUGGUGCCGAGUUUACACCUCCGAGCUCUUGUUCUGGUUCUUCACGAUGACGUCAAUCUUGGGUUUGACAGUGGUCAAUUUGGAGCGCUAUGUAGCCAUCGUCCACCCACACAAAUACAAGAUUCUUUUCACCAAACGAAAAAAAUACAUCAUGAUUGCUGGAUGUUGGAUUUUUGCCGCAAUUUCAAGAUCUUAUUUCAUCUUUACUCAUGAAGAAGAUGAAGUAGUGGGAUGCCAUUUUAAAGUAUGGGUCAACAGAGGAGCUCAGGCGGCAUUUGGUCUGUACAGUUUCACAUUCAACUUCUUCGUUCCAUUCAUUGUGAUGUUUUUUGCGCAACUUAAAGUUAUAUCAUCGCUCAACAGACAAGUGAAGAUGUUAACUACUCGAACAGCUUCUUUGGGAGUGGAUCCAAGCGACCAGCGUGAGAUGUGGCAACUCCGAGCCUCCCAAACCCUGGUGAGGACACUCCUAGCCUGCGUCAUCACAUUCGGUGUAUGUUGGAUUCCAAACCAAGUCUGGUUCCUGCUCUUCAACUUCGGCGUUCCAAUGGCUCCAGGUGGCCCUUUCCAUCUGCUCACUGUCAUCUUAGCCGUUGGUAAUUCCUGCGUGAAUCCAGUCAUUUACACAAUGACCAACAAGCCGUUCCGUAAAGGGAUCAGGGCGCUGUUUUGUAAGCAGCGGGGUUCGAACCAGGUGGCUAACGGUGUUGCGACUGGCACUGUGUCUGAGAUCAUCUCUACUGCCCAAUAG